GAUCUGUGGAUGAGGGGCGUUGCAGGACUGACCACUUGUCUGGGCAUUUGGGAUGAAAGAUGUCUGAAAUCAUGCCGGAGAAUGGCAAAAAAACUGCGGAAAAGGAACUUGGCUUGCAGACGACAUUAGUCAAUGGAAGAUGUGAGAAUCCGAUCCCACUUCUGGACAGACUUUCCAUUACCAGGGGCAUCUGGGACCUCUGCAGUGGAGACCCAGCACAGGCUGCAGAUCUGCUCUCAACACAACUACCUGGGACAUUCGUUGUGAUCAGAAACGAAGCCGAAGAUGCCAGGACUCUGUUCCUUCAAACCCAAGAAAGCAAGAGCGAUGCUCUCUGCCAUUUUCCCAUCAAGGAAGACAGUUCGGCUUUUUAUCUUGAAGAUUCCCAGCUGCGUUUCAGAAAUGUAUUGGAACUGGUCAGCUUUUAUAUCGUGAGCAGGGAUAUCCUGCCUUGCCAGCUCAGGCUCCCAGACGCAUUCCAACUUCCAUGCAAAUCUCAACUGUAUGCCGUUGCUGCACUGGGCAUGAAAUUCUGGACAAUGCCCCUUAAGUCCGGCAACCGGCUGCCACCGGCCAAAGAAGAAGAGGAUCCCACUUGUUCCAACGGAGGACCUCCUGAGGACGGCCAACCGUCUUGCUCCAUCCGAGUGACAUCUGAGGACAAGGCGCUCUGCAUCAUCAACCCGCUCUUCCUCUCGGUGCACAGCGACGUCAGUUGGCUUGACCUUGCGCCCGGACCCUGCCGCUUGGCCAGCAGAAGAGGGCCUCUCCAGGUGUCCAACGGCUCCACCAAAGCGGCAUCCAGGGAGCCAGGAGUCUGCCAACAGAGUCAGAAUCGUCCCAGAUCUCUGGAGGGAGAGGAGAAGGCACUGAAAGGUGACCCUUUGACUCCCUCGGCCUCCACUCAACGGCGGCUCCUCCUUCGCAGUCCAUCCUGGAACAGUUCCGAAACCCUCCCCGAUGAUCUGCCCUCGUCCCCUAAUACCCAGAAGGACAUCAGGUCCCCGCACCGCGUCUCCUGGAUCGAAGGUGCCCCGGCCAAUGCCUUUCCCGCUUGGCCGCUGAAGAAGUCCAGCUCUGAGUCCUCCCUUCUGAGCGACACCCUGUCACUGCCUCUCAUCCCAGAGCUGGACUCGCUGUCCAUCAGCAGUGUGGAGGACGAAGCCGAGGGCCUGCCGUCCACUCCGGCUGCAGUGCACAAGAGGCGGCCUUGCUCCUCUGCCGUCUUAAGCACCAAGGUGUUCCGGCGCCUCUCCGCCGUGAGCUUGGUCCUAGGUGGCUUCCUCUCCGCUGAUCGUCGGAUCUCCAAGAGGGUGCAAGAGCUGGCCCAGGACCCCUCCUCAUACGUGGGAGGCUUGGUGCAGAGCUUCGUCGGGCACCUUCUCCAGGGCGGUGGGUUGCGGCACCCCACCAGCACCGAGAUGCUGCAGGAGAUCCGGCAGAUGAUCAGCAACCUCAAGGGCUACUUGUGCGAAAGCUCAGAGCUGCAGGUCAUCUGCGAACACUACGAGGCGGAGGACAUGGACCUGGGUUACGUGGUGGAAGGCACCUUGUACAAGUGCAUCCUCAAGCCACUCCGGGAUUUGGUUUACGCCCAGCUGCAGGACUUUCGCUCCCAAGACGGGACUCUGGACAAGCUGCGCGGGCACCAGGCUACUAUGCGUGAGCAGAGCCUGGCCGAGAUGGGGGUGGCUUCCGGGGUGCCGGACUCGGCCGGCUUGGAGCGCCUGCAGACCAAGCUCAGCCUCUUGCACCAGGCCUAUUCGCCCCGAAAGAAGGAGACACAAAUGCUGAAGAUCUGCAAGAUGCUCUACGAAACCAUGAACCAGACUCCUGGCAGAACAGAGCCGUUCGGAGCUGACGAUUUCCUGCCGGUUCUGAUCUAUAUGCUGGUGAACUGCGACAUCGUUUCGGUACAGUUGGAUGUGGAGUACAUGAUGGAGCUGAUGGAUCCCAGCCAGCUGCAGGGAGAAGGUGGAUACUACCUCACCACCUGGUUCGGGGCCCUCUUCCAUAUUGCCAACUUCCAACCGGCUGCCAUGAUCACGCGGCAAAUCAGCAUCGAGGCCCAGCGGUCCAUCCACCAGUGGCACCGGAGGCGCACCAUCCACCCGCACCACCACCACCCCAUACGCCGCCAUUCGCAGAACAUCCUCUACAUCUCCUUCCACGAACCCUUCAACAACCAGAAGACCGUCUCGGUCACCGCUGAGAUGACCACGGCCUCCGUCUGUGCGAUCUGUGCAGAGAAGUACAGCAUUUCCGAGCGCGAAGCCUAUGGCCUUUUCUUGGUCUCGGGGGAGUCCUCUCAGCUCCUGGCCGAGGACAGCUACCCACAACGAGUCCACUCCAGCCUCCUCCGCUCCAAAGGGAACCCCGCAAGUUUCGUGUACAAGCCCAAAGACGGGACCUUGCCUACUGCUGAUCGUCUUCCUGUUCAGGACCCCAAACAUUUGACUGAUCCUCUUGAAAGCGGGGACACGGAGCCGUCCGCGGAUCACUGAACACGAACCUUGGACAUUCAAAGAAGAGUCCAUCCUUCUAACUGCCCGGUUUCACUGAUUCUAAGAUAUGCCCCCCACCCAUAAGUGUGUCUAAAAAUGUCUUGGAAUCUAUAUCUAUAAAAAUAAAAGUCAAAAUACCCGUA